AUGCCACGUAGACAAAAGAAGUGGAAGGCUGGAGAUGGAGAGGCAGCAGCCUGCAAGAAGAUCAUUACUGAGCAGGCAGCUGAACCAAUGGAGUCAGAGACCAGUAAUGCCACACCAGAAUCAAUUGCUAGCACAGCCACUAUUAACACAGCCAGUGCUGCAACAGCCCAGGCAGGUGCAGCUAUUGAUGAAGAGACCAGUAAUGCCACACCAGAAUCCACUGUUAGCACACCCACUGCUAACACAGCCACAGCCACUGCUACCACAACCAAGGCAGGGGCAGCUGCUGAUGAACCCUCGGGGUCGACCAGCAUCUCUCGCCAGCCUUUCCACGACGUCGAGGAACAGGAAGAAGACGAGGGUUCCCUCUCGCUCAUUGAAACUCAAGCGGCACUCACGAGGUCCCAGGGCACCCCACCUCCAAUAGCUCUCUCCUCCACCACCACCAGACCACACCGUGCCGCCACCAGAGCCGAGCCUGAAGACGCCCCUGCUAUGCUGGAGAUGAGAGAUAGUAUGAAGGCUACCAACACCCUCCUGGAGAGACUGGUCCAAGCUCAGAAGAUCAGCCAUGCACGACAGCCCUUCAUUGCAUACAUGUCUCAGUCUCUCCAACAACUACCUAAGGCCCAGUACCAGCUCACAGUAGAGAGAACGACGGCCAUCCUCCACGAGAUGCAGCGACCCAUCCCCCACCCCCUCCCUCCAGCUCAACCACCUCCAACAUCAGUACCUUCACCCACACUCAUCUUCUACCAGCUGCGACCGCAUUGCUACCAGCCCCAGACUCAGCAUAACGGCUUCCAGCAGCAGCCGCAGCCUGAGCACCUGCCUCAGCACUUCCAGCAUUUGCAGACACCCAGAGGCAGCCAUCCACCCUCCACCCCAAGGAGCUCCAGCGUAGGACUCAUGUUGUCAGACAUGCCGAAGUUUUACUCCUUUAGCCAAGCCAAAAUGAGCGCCGUUAGCGAGGGGUGGAUUCUCCAGGACCUUCAAAGGCCAUACCAAUCCCCGCCACAGCUCAAGGGACUGAUGAUUUACUGGCAGAGAUAA